ACUGUAGGAAACUCUCACCAUAUUAGGUAAAUGACGUCAGGUCACGUGGUGAAUUCCGCGAGAGAUUCCAGACAACAUUAUUUCCCGUAAGUGGGGAGGGGCGUGGCGAAAGUAUCUUGCCGCUUUAAGACUUUACAACGGCACAAUCAUUUCCAGACUUUGCCUCGGAGGUGUGUGACUCAGCCCGACAUGUUGCACCGACACUCAUUUUCGGACGUUUAAGGACGACUCGGGGAAAAUAAGACGCCCUUUUCUUUCACCUCACCCCUUGAAUCUGGAGCCGUUUGGACUCGACCGACUCGUCGCUCUAACUUGGAGAGGAUGUACAGAAACUUGGGGGGCCACGGAAGAGGCAACCCGGUGUACGCAGGCGCAGCUUCUGGCUCCAACUCCGCUUCCCUGGAAAGCACCUGUAGCACCUCUACGACGCAGCAGGAACAGAAGUUCACCAUGGCGGGCAGCAGUCAGUUCGUACCCAGCCUCAACGCCAUCACGACCAACCAGGACCUGCAGUGGAUGGUCCAGCCCUCACUCAUGCAUCCACCCGGUCCUUCUCGCUCCCCGGUGCCCCCUUACCCAUCCCUCUCCGGGGCGCGCCCGCUGGGACCCCAGCCGCCGCUGCCGCACUCCCACUUCAUCAGGCCGGGGGUCAUAAGGGCGAGCGGCACCAACGCAGCCACGGCAUCGACCCGGCGCAGGAACGACGACUACUUGUCCCAAGAAGAGGUGGAGAGACGACGAAUAAGAAGAGAGCGGAAUAAACUGGCAGCAGCCAAAUGUCGCAAUCGUCGCCGGGAGCUGACGGACUCACUGCAAAAUGAGACCGACGAGCUGGAGGAGGAAAAGUCCCAGUUGCAAAAGGAGAUCGCCGACUUACAAAAGCAGAAAGAAAAGCUGGAGCUGGUCCUCGAGGCCCACCGACCCAUCUGCAAGAUCGAGGACUCCGACUCGGAUUCGGAACCCGGCUCGUCGCUCUCGUCCUUGGCGGGCAUCAAAAUGGAGCCCGAGGACUACAGCGGCAGACCGGGGCCUUCGCGAAAACGAGUGGUGAAGUCGGAGAAGCCCAAGCCAAAGAUCACCAUCCCGACCAAGCCUGCGACCUCGUCGUGUUCGGCCCCCGCCUACAGCCAGGAGUCCGAGUCCCUGCACACGCCCGUCCUGGCCUCCACGCCCUCCCUCACCCCCUUCACGGCCAGUAUGAUCUUCACCUACCCGCCGGCCGCGGGCGCCGCCGCCGCCGCCGCCACCGCGCUCCAGUGCAACUUCCCCGCUUCCCAAGCCCCGGAGCCUUGCGGGGUGGCGCACCGCCGCAGCAGCAGCAGCGGCGACCAAUCAGAUCACUCCCUGCACUCGCCGACCAUCCUCACGCUGUGACCGAGCGACAGGAAGCUAGCGCACUUACGUCGCCAUGGAAACGAUUGUAACCACCAUUUCAUUUCAUCUUUUUUUUUUUUUGGGGGGGGAAAAAGCAAACCGUAUUUCCUUGAAUUGCCGCCGGGGCGCUCAUUAAUUUAAAACAUCUUCUCACUCCGGCGCUUACCAAAGGCAUGCUGUAAAAAUUUGAGUGUGAUGUAAGGAUACCAUCAUGAAAAGCACAUUUAAUAAAAAAAAGACGUUAUUAUGGCCUUACCUUUACUUAUAAAUGAAGUCAAUGUGCAGCUCCUUCAGAUCAAAAGCAUCGAUAACUUGUUCAUAUAAGUCUUCCUUAUCUUUUUUCAGUUUUAAAAGUCUCAAUGGAGAUCUUCCUUUAUUACCUCCUGCUUUGAUUGAAAGUCCAGUUUAGAAAACUGCUAUCAGAUCGCUGCUUUCAGUUAACUCGGCUCCUCAAGAGCGGGCGAUGACAGAAUUAUCCUCGGACAACUCCCCCUCCCGUUCUGCUCCGUGGGUGAUCUCUUUAUCCCACCGCUGCCACCAUGAAGUGUUAUUGUAUAAAUAAUACACUGGGUAUUUAGGACUGGAACAUGCUUUAUUUCAGCCCAGUUGCUUACAUAGCCAGCAUAGGAGUGUUACAUCGUAAAAGGUCGGUCGUGCACCCCCCGCAUCAUAUCCGUCCCAUCACAUGUCACGUCACUCAUUGUCACUUCUUCUCCAGCCGAGUAGUCGCAAGAAGGAUCACCAGCGCCCUCUACCACCAGGAGGCGGGAGUCAUUUAAUGACUCGUAUUUGACACACGCAGCUACGGUAUAUGAAUAAAACAUAGCUGCUUACUGUUCUUUUUAGCAUAUUCAAUAGCUUGGACCUUAAAUCCUACUGAAUAGCUCUUAAUCUUCUUCCCUUUAUGCAAUUUCAAAUGACCGGUAUUGAUAUCAGCCUCCUCCGUUUUGAAAAUGAUGACAGGGGAAGUGUCACUCGUGACGUGACGUGUUUGACCCGGCGGAAAUACUAAGCAUGCGCUAAAUAUUUUGGGAAGCGAGUUCGACCCUGCAUUAAUUCAAGGAAAUACGGUAAUCGUGACACAACUUCAUAGAGAUUUUAUACCAUGGAUGUUUUUUAUACCUCUCCUUUGCAAGGGCUGGGAGUAAUUACAAAAUAAAUGUACCAUUUGUAAUUAACGACACAAUGUUACAUGACAUGAUAUACGAGGGAAAUUUUUACUAUUAUUAUUAUUAUUAUUAUUAUUACCUAUUUGACAGAUUUUAAUGUUGCCUUAACAAUGUAUUGACCACUAAGGCUGGGCCGUAGGAGUUAAUAGAGAGUCGAUAUUUAUUUUUGAGAGUGUGAUAUAUUUUUGAUAACAUUCUCUGGAGGGUGACAUUAAUGGGGG